AUGCCGUACUCGAUCUACAAACGAUCUAGAACGUUUCUCCGCUUCGCGAUUUGUUCGUUCUCGAUUUGUGGACUGGUGAUGGCUCAACUGGAUACCAGAUACUCCGACCAAAGGAUAGUGUUCCCCGAUCGGGGCGACCCGAGGGCGAAAGAAACGGCGAGUCCUGCGUCGGAGGGUGGGCCGAGUGCAGCAGGCGAAUCGUUGAAAUCGCUACAAUUAGCCAAGAAAAUCGAUUCCAUUAAUUCGAUCGACGAUUUUCUUAAAUUAGUCAAAGGUGUGCCGCAAGAUGUUGCUUUCUUCUCUUCGAGCAGUAGAAUGGGAGAAACUGAACGUUCGAAUGCCGAGCGACCAAAUCGAGCUUCGUGUAUGCCUGAAUUACAAACAGUUCCUCUAUUAGAAAAUGAGCCAUCUGUUAUUUAUUAUCCAACUUGCACACGGGUCAAAAGAUGCGGAGGCUGUUGUAGUCACUCGUUACUCUCUUGUCAACCAACGGCUACGGAAAUUCGAAAUUUCGAGAUUUUUGUGACAGUUCUUGAAUCCGGUGAUGGAUUAAAGUAUCAAGGCAAACGUAUUGUACCGAUAGAGGAGCACACGCAAUGCACGUGUGACUGCAAAAUAAAGGAGACGGACUGUAACAAGAAACAGUCUUAUAUACCGGAGGAAUGUACAUGUACGUGCAACAACGUCGAUGAACAGAAAAAGUGUAAUGAAAGCAAUAUGAAAAUGUGGCAUCCAGAUCUUUGUAGUUGUUUUUGCAGAGAAGUACAGGAGUGUUCAACUGGUUUUUAUUUCGACCAAAAUUCAUGCAGAUGCCUGCAAGUAUCACUAUCUAGAACAUGGUUUACAUCCACAAAAGGUUCUGAUUAUAGAUUCGGACAAACACAAAGACCGGAUAAUGUACCACCGGUAAUAAUUGCCCUAGAUUCAGAUGAUCCUAGAAGAAAACCUAAACCAGAUCCAGAAUAAGAAUCAGAUUGGUGAUUUAUAGGUUAAAUUUUAAAACAAUUUACUUUUUUAUCUUUGUGCCAUUUUGUUAUAUAUAAAAGUAUUGAUAUUAUUUAUGUAUUAAUAUUAAUAUUAAUAUUAGUUACUGCAAAAUAAGUGAUGUAUUUUUAUAUAUCAAAAAAUAUUGUAAUAUAAGGAAAUACAAUUAUUUAAUAUAAA